CAGUCGGUGACUUUUGUUUGUACUUCAUCAGUAAACCUUGCUUUGAGCAAGUCAGCAUCUCAGUCCUCUGACUAUGCUAAUGCUUACCCUGUGCGAGCAGUGGAUGGAAAUACUGACGGUAUCUGGAGCUCAUCAAGUUGUACACAUACAGAUCAAACAACGAAUCCCUGGUGGCGUGGGGAUCUGGGAUCAAGUCAGCACGUAUCAGAGGUGUUCAUAGUCAACAGAGUAGAAGUUGGAUAUAGGCUUUCCAACAUAGAAAUUCGUGUCGGUAAGCGAAAAAUUCCCCAAAAUGUAAUUAAUUUCAUCUCAUAAUUUCGGCCUAUUUAAGGCCCACAUUCAAACCAGCUUGCAACUGAACUGCCCCAGUCUGAUAAAUAUUACGCUAAAUAAAUAGAAGAGAGAAAAAUAAAUAGAUUUGGUUCAAAUUUAUGUUGAGAUAUAUACGAUAAAUUUCAUCAACUUUAUCUUACGAGUAGCAUGGUGGCCAUGUUAUGUAGAUAAACUCUUUUGUUACACCUCCCGACACAAAUACGUUUUCCUAUUGGAGGAGAACGUGUCACAUGCUAUGUGUCACUUACUCCCUAAGGCGAACAAAACUCACUAAUUCCCAAGGGAAACAAUAACCUGAGCUUUCGACUCGCACGUGAGCACGUCGGGGACCUUAAAACCUCGGCAAAACUGUGUGCCACCCCGAGUCAAGAAAUUUAUAUUUUUUCAGUGACUCUUUAAAGUUUGAAGGUAAAUUAAAACACUUAAUGAAUGGCCCUACGGAAAAUAAUAAGUUUUAUUUUCCCUCAAGGAGCCAACCUCACUGUUUCCCUUAGGGCCAGCUUUAAGGAUAGCUUUAACCUUGAUUUACUGCACUUCUUCGACUUCAACGAUCAGCAAAGUCUUCUAAAAGAAGUUUUUUUUAUCCCUCAGGUGAUAGUUUGGCAGAUAAUGGGAACUUGAAUCCGAGGUGUGGUGGAUUGUACUCGAUGGCUAAUUCACUCAAAGCUUCGUUUUAUUGCAAACCGAGAAAAACUGGACGAUACGUAAAUAUCAGACUGAUGGGAAGUAGGAUGUUUCUGACUUUGUGCGAGGUGGAGGUGUAUUCAGAAAGCAGAGGU